CCACUCGACCGCUCACUUCUUCAUUUGAGCUCAAGCCGGCAGGACCCGACCUUUCUACUCCGUUCUAAAAUGCGCGCCGUCUCAUCGUCCAUGACCGUCGCCUUCGCCGCUGCGGCCGUCUCCUCCGCCACGGCGCACCGCAUGCACCACUCGCAUGGUAUGCGUGGCCUGCAGAUGGACAUGAGCGGUAUGGACAUGACUUCCAGCUCCACCAUGGACAUGUCGAUGUCGAUGGAAAUGUCCUCCUCUUCGGGUGCCACCACUGCGACUGUUACGUCGGAUGAGGACUACACGUGCCCCGUUUGCGGCAUGUCCACCAAGGACAUGGGCUACGACAACCUGAACCACAUCGGAUUCGCACACGGCCAGACUGUCUACACGUGUGGCAUGGCGGCGCGCACUUUUGAUGACUACACCUUCGAAGUGACCGACACAGCGUACCUGGCUGCCAACGUGGCUGAGUUCAUCAUCAACUCCACGGAUGCCACCGCCUACGUCAAGUGCGAGGAUUCGUGCGACGAGUGUGAAGACGGAAUCAAGGAUCCCGUCACAGGCGACGAUGUCACAACGUCCAACUACCAGUACGUGUGUCUGAAGAAUGGCCAGAAGAUCUACUUCGCGUCCACGGCCAGCAAGAAUGAGUACCUCAACAGCGUCAACUCAGAGCCGCGCUACCUCGUGGACAGCAUCAUCUGCGAGAACGAAACGUGUUCGGAUGCCGAGAACAUCACCGUGCUCAGUGCCGCGGCGCAGGCUUUUGUGCCGGAUCUCUCUGCCUCUAGUAGUGGCGGCUCAUCGGCCACUGCCAGCGGAUCGAGCGCCGCCGUAUCGGUGAACUCGCCUACCAGUAUUGCCUUCGCCGUGGCGAGCAUGCUGGCUGCGUUGGCCGCGAUGGUUUGAGCCACAAGUUUGAGUUAGUAAGCCGAUCAAGACGAGCAAGAGAGAACUACAGCAUUCCGAAUUCGACGACAACCUCGCUGUAUCAUUUUAUUCGCUGUAGAUUCAUUCAAUACAAAUCCCUGGACACAGACAGUUUAGACUGCACACCGGUGCUGCGUUGUAUGAUGUCGUCGUACAUGGACCACGUAAGCUAGUACAAGUACAUGUACUCGGAUUCCAACUUUUAGAAGAAUGUGAUUUCAUGGAGAGUAUUCGUUUCCUCCUGC